AUGUCCCGCGGUAGGGCCCCCUUGUAUGGGUGUGAUCGGAACCCUGGUAUGGCCGAUUCGAAAAGGAUAUCGAGCCAAGGUCAGGUGGGUUGCAUGAUGCGGGUUACGGGAUGUCAUGAGGGUGGAGGGGAAUGUGGCAGAUCGAAGGUUAGAAUGGAAAUGGAAAUGGAAAUGGAAAUGGAAUUGGAAUUGGAAGUGGAAUGGAAGUGGAAGUGGAAGUGGAAUGUAGUUCCAUCUGCCUCUCUUCACCUCGACCACUUCGACCACUUCGACCACCUCAACCUCGUGAACUUCUAUAAAUCUCCUCCCCUUCCCACUUCCCGCCCGACAAGUCGCCUUUCUUACCCUUUCACCGCACUUGACGUGUCCGAUCUCUGCAACUCACACUCCUUCACUUCCUUCGGCCAUUCAUUCAUUCCUUCUUGGUUGGUCGUGGCUCGAUUCAAACGAGAAUUCCGUUCCUUCAGCUCAACCUUCGACAGCAAUUCAGUCAUUUCAGAGCACCAGCGGCGACUACUCAGUACUCCCGGCGGUACUCAGUACUCCCGGCGAUAUUUAAAAACCUCGACUGCGCUCCUCACGCACAUACAUAUCAUACCCACCAAACUCCUCACCCCGAAGAACUUGAAGGUCGAAAACAUGUACUUCUCAAAGGCAAAGAUCUUGGCCGCCUUGGCCGCCGCCGCUACCGCAUCCACCGCCAAUGCUCGUACGUUCGCCGUCAACCAUUUCUAUGGCGAUGGCGCUCUCAUGGAGGGCCGUGUUGAUCCCAUCGUCAACCCCGGGGUCGCAUCAACCCAUGUUCACACAAUCCAAGGGGGAAAUGCCUUCAACAUGACCAUGACCGAUGACCAAGCUCUCAAGUCAACCUGCACCUCCUCCCGCGUGAAGAAUGAUAAGAGCAACUACUGGACCCCGAAGCUGUACUUCCAGGACCCCACGACCAAGAUGCUCGAGCCAGUCAAGAUGUUCUACAUGAACGUCUACUACUUCUUCGAUGCGACUACCACCGAUGAGAUCAAGGCCUUCCCCGAGGGACUGCGCAUCUUCACGGGGAACUCAGCUCUCCGCACCCCCCCGGCAACGGGUGGCAAACAAAUCAUCGACCACUCCGGCGGUGCCAUCCAACCAGUUCAAUGGACUUGUCCUCGCUCGAAUAAGGAUGGUCCUUUGUACCCAACCGACUCGGACGGUCUGCACGGCGUCGGUAUCCAGGACCCAAACAAUGAAGGAUCCGGUGUUGGUUUCCCCGACAAGAACUGUGACGGCUACGCUUCUCCUCUCCGCGCUGAUAUCCACCUUCCUGCAUGCUACAACCCCGCCAAGGGAGUCGCCAAUUACAAGGAGAACAUGGACUACCCCACGCAUGGUAACUGCCCAGCCGGCUGGAUCCACGUCCCUCACAUGUUCUACGAGGUCUACUGGAACACUCCCGAGUUCCAAGAUCGCUGGACUCCGGGCAAGGGAAGUCAGCCAUUCGUUCUUGCCAAUGGUGACCCCACUGGCUACAGUCUCCACGCUGAUUUCCUCAACGGAUGGGACACGGCGACCCUGCAACAGAUCAUUGACAACUGUGAUGCGGGCCAUGCGGGGAUGGACAAGUGCCCUGGUCUGAUGGGUGGUGUGAACGACCCGUCUGGAUCUUGCAACAUUGACAGCCCGAUUCCGGAGUCUAUCACUGGUAUCAUGGACAAGCUUCCCGGCGGCAUCUCCGUCGGCGCAUGGGGUGAAAAUGUCGCUGCUGCUGUGGCACCCGCUCCAGCAGGUACGCCAGCUGUUUCUACCGCUCCAGAGUCCACUGCCGAGCCAGCUGUUUCGCUCCCACCGACCGCGGAGCCAGUGUCUGCCCCGAAGCCCACCACCAAGCCGGCUGCGACUCCUGUACCCGCUUCAUCAACGGUGGAGCAGCCUGCACCUAGCCAGGUCCCUGUCUCCACCCUUCCUGCCUCUUCCGCUAGUGAGCCCGCUACUAUGGUCACUUCAUACGUUACAUCCUCCCGAGUCCUCUGGACUACGGUCACGACCGAGGUCACGGCCAAGGGCCCUGCACCAACCUCUGCUUCCCCUGUCGCUCCAGGUUGGUCGUACGUUGGCUGCUACGCGGAUACCGAGGAUCGCGUUCUCACCGGCAUCGAAUUCGCCAACAUCGGCCAACAUGCUGUCUCCAACACCAAGUGUGCUGCCUACUGCGAGUCCAAGGGCUUCACCGUUGCCGGCACCGAGUGGGGCGGCCAAUGCUUCUGUUCGAAUUCCCUCAAUGGCGCCACCAAGGUUGACGAGAGCAACUGCAGCAAGGCCUGCGAAGGCGAUAGCAAGCAGAUCUGUGGAGGCAGCAUGACCCUCAGCAUCUACUCCAAGGGUGCCGUCAACAAGGCUCGCAAUGCCAGACACAUGCACCGCCAUACGUCUCGCAAUCUUGCUCAUGUUUGCCUCGGUAUGUACCAACAGGUCACUGGUCUGAGCAAGCAUACUCCAAGCUGCACCUCGUCACGCUACAAGCUCAUUUUCACUUCUUACAGCUACGCUGUCCUCUUACAAGUGCCAUUUUUCACACAAGAUCGGAAUGAUUUUCAUUUCAGCUGGGGACUUUUGAAGGAUUGCAGAACACAUCUUCUUUCUCCCCUCUCGGGCUGGCCUUUUGCAUUCGAUUUUGCUUUAUUUUCUGUACAACGGCGUCGGCGGAACCUUUCUUUGGUUCGGCACGUACAAAUGGGUCGAAGAGGCGCGUUCGAAAGGGAUACCUGGACACACCUCUGGAGCUUGGUUGGCAAGAUCUUGCAGUUGCCGUUAGGAUCGGCUACGAAUUCAUGA